GGUUUUUUUUUUCACUCCCUUGCCCUGCCUUACAUUUCUCGGCUAUGAUUGUCCGUCAUAUGAGAAGUGAUCAUAAACGUGUGACCAACAUAGCUGUUUGGGGUUUUUAUGCGAAGUAUUAAUUUAUAUGAGGUAGCUCUCCCUUGGUAAACAUGGCCGCUGCGCCCCUCCUAGGAUUUCCCAGGGCAGCACACAGUCCUGUGGCUCCUGCAGGAAUGAGCUCCCAGUGCAGUGGACCCUGGUAACACUGUCCUUGUGACUGACAGGCACAGUGACAGCUCCCAACUUUGAACUCAAGGACUUUGGACUGGGGUUCCCCUUUUUUCUCUCUACAGAUAUGUUGUCUUUCAUUGCAAGAAGCAUGGCCAAACCAGUGCGAUUGGUAAAGCCCGUUUCAUCGGUGAAACUGCCAGGUAGGUACUUGGCACAUCAGGAGGGACUACCUCGACUGCCUGUGCCACCGCUGCAGCAGACACUAGAGAAAUACCUGCUAGCUUUGCAGCCCCUCAUCAGCCAGGAGGAAUGGGGCCACACCAAACAAGUGGUCGAAGAUUUCAGGACAUCUGGGGUUGGCGAACGGCUACAGAAACGCCUGGAGAAAAGAGCAACAAAGACUGAAAAUUGGCUCUCUGAUUGGUGGCUAAAGACGGCCUAUUUGGAAUAUCGACUGCCAGUCGUGAUUUAUUCUAGUCCCGGAGUAGUUUUACCAAAGCAAGACUUUGUGGACCGCCAAGGCCAACUCAGAUUCGCUGCCAAGCUGAUUGAAGGUGUUCUCGACUUCAAGACUAUGAUAGACAAUGAGACUCUACCCGUGGAAAACCUUGCUGGGCAACCUCUCUGCAUGAAUCAGUACUACCAGAUCUUAUCUUCAUGUCGAAUCCCAGGGCAAAAACAUGACUCCGUUGUCAACUAUAGUCAAGCAAAAAAGCCACCCACUCACAUCACAGUGGUUCACAACUUCCAGUUCUUUGAGUUGGAUGUGUAUAAUAGUGAUGGGACACCUCUAACAUCAGAUCAGAUCUUCAUUCAACUGGAGAAAAUCUGGGGAACAUCGUUGCAAACCAACAAGGAACCCAUCGGGAUAUUGACGUCCAAUCACCGGAACAGCUGGGCUAAGGCCUACAACAACCUUAUUAAAGAUAAAAUCAAUAAAGAGUCUGUGCGAACAAUCCAGAAAAGCAUCUUUACCGUUUGCCUCGAUGCCCCUAUGCCCAGAGUGUCUGAUGACCUGUACAAAAGUCGUGUUGCUUCACAGAUGCUGCAUGGAGGAGGCAGCCGCUGGAACAGUGGAAACCGGUGGUUUGACAAAACUCUUCAGUUUAUAGUGGCAGAAGACGGAUCAUGUGGACUGGUUUAUGAACAUGCGCCUGCCGAAGGACCUCCCAUAGUUGCCCUGUUAGAUCACGUCGUCGAAUUCACGAAGAAGCCAGAACUUGUCCGAUCACCCAUGAUCCCUUUACCGAUGCCCAAGAAGCUGAGAUUUAACAUCACUCCUGAAGUUAAGAAUGAUAUCGAGAAAGCCAAGCAAAAUCUCAAUAUAAUGGUUCAUGAUCUAGAUAUUAAGGUUUUUGUUUUCGGUGUGUUCGGCAAGAAUUUCCCAAAGUCGGAGAAGCUGAGCCCAGAUGCCUUUAUCCAGGUUGCAUUACAGCUUGCGUAUUAUCGGAUGUAUGGAAGAGCAUGUGCUACUUAUGAAAGUGCUUCACUUCGAAUGUUUCGCUUGGGGAGGACAGACACUAUUCGCUCUGCUUCUAUAGACUCCCUGCAGUUCGUACAAGGCAUGGAGGACUCUGCUGUGCAGAACCAGCAAAAGGUUGACCUGCUCAGAAAGGCUGUUCAAGCACACCGCGCUUAUACAGAUAUGGCUAUCAGUGGGAAAGCGAUAGACAGACACCUGCUGGGACUGAAGCUCCAAGCCAUUGAAGACUUGGUCAGCAUGCCAGAGCUUUUCAUGGACACCUCGUAUGCAGUGUCCAUGCAUUUUAAUCUCUCCACCAGUCAGGUCCCAGCUAAAACAGACUGCGUUAUGUGCUUUGGUCCUGUGGUUCCUGAUGGCUACGGCGUUUGUUACAACCCUAUGGAAGAGCAUAUAAACUUCUCAGUAUCGGCAUACAACAGCUGCGCUGAUACCAACGCAGCCCGUCUUGCUCAUUACUUGGAACGUGCAUUGUGCGACAUGCAGCAACUGAUCAUACGCACUCCAAAAUCGAAACUCUAACCGGAGCAAUUGACUCUUGAAAUUUUCAAGACUGCUAACCUUUUUCAAAUCAUAACAUUGGCUGGUGUUGGCCAUAACAGUGGAAUUUACCGUAGGUAGUCAUUUUGUCCUUGUUUCUUAUUUUGGGUCUAGAACAAGCCACUCAAUAUUCAAAACAACAAAAUAGCCUGAACAUGGAACAGGCAAGGAAUGUUUCUUGUGAAGAUCAGUGACUUGCUUUUCGAUUUAGGCGCUUAGCCCAAAUGUGCGUUUUGAUAAAAGUUGCACAUUUAUGUUUGCUACGUACAUUUACAUCCGCAGAAGAAAGAGGUUAGGUGAGCCAGAAACACUGUGUGCUUGAGAGAAAUGUUGAAGCAGAAAACACCUGUUGAUGUUUUGGUGUAUACGUUUUUUUUUUUGUUUGUUUUUUUUUUACCCAGUUUAGGCUUUGAAACGGGGCAGUCAUUGAGAUUCUGGCCUACUGCAUUUGUAAAAGAACAUUUAAGUGCUCAGGAAGGUGCUUUUAGCCUGCCAGACAAAUCUGAAAUAAUCCGUCCACACUUAACGCAAGGUGUCCUGCCCAAUCCAUUUCACAUUUGUGAAUAGCAGAGGAUGCCAAAUGAAAGCAUUGUGACCAGUGUGAACUUUGGGUUCAUGAACAGACUCUUAAUUUGUAAAUCCCGGUUGCUACCAUCUGAAUACAACAUACACCCUUUUUAUUUUUUUUUAUUUUUUUAAACACAUUCGGCUUUGAAUGUAUCUUUCAAAAAACAUUUAAAAUCUUCACUAAAUGUUGUGAUUAUAAGAAUGUUUUACAUGUAAGCUUUAAUCAUUUGCACACCCAAUCGUUGACACUCAUUUUUAACAUGAUAUAUAAAUGAAUUGAAAA